ACGUUUCCAAACAUUAGGAAUUGAAUUUCAAACACGCCGGUUACAGUAAUCAUCUUUCCUUUCUUCUCUCCUGCAGUUAUAUCCUCUGUUUGUGUCAUGCAGCGCUUCAGCAUGUAAGCAGGGCACGUUUUGGGAAUUCCACAGAUAGGGGACGAUUAGAAUUUAGAGAGAGAAAGAGAGAGAGAGAGAAAGAGAGAGAGAGAGAGGGAGCGUAGCAACCGCGAACCCUUAGCUUCCUUAUCUCCCCUCCAUUUGCGCAUUUUUCGUUUCCCUAGAAGUGCUCUGGUUGAAAAGAUUUUUUUUGACAAAAAUUGAAUAGACAGAAACAGGGCAUGAGAAGCGGAGGAGCCACCCAGAGAAGGAAACGCACUAGACACAACAUCUGAAAGAAGGUCGCCAUUCACAUUUGAUUAAUCGAAAAUGCAGGGGAGGAGGAAGAUGGGUUUUCCGGGUUGGUGGUUGGGAGCGGUUGCUCUGUUUUUUAUUUUGGUUCCUGUUUGGUCUCAGCAGGAGACUCCUUCUCCUUCCAGUUGGAAGAGCUUUGUAGGGCGGACCGAUGUCCAAGCGGAAAGGAAUCCUUCGCCAUUACAGCUGCGCAUUCAGCGUGACCAAGUGGUUAUGGAUAAUGGCAUUGUCCAAGUCACUUUGACAGUUCCAGAGGGUUUUGUCGUCGGGAUAAAAUACAAUGGAAUUGAUAAUUUACUAGAGACCAGGAAUGAAGAAGAUGAUAGAGGGUAUUGGGAUAUCAAUUGGAAUAAGCCUGAAUCUGGGAGCAUAGGUAGCAAGAUUAAAGGGACAAAAUUCAAUGUCAUUAGGAACGAUGGUCAGCAAAUAGAGCUUUCUUUCGUAACAACAUGGUCUGCUUCUUCCAGUGACAAACAAUUCCCCCUAAAUAUUGAUAAGAGGUUUAUACUGCUCCCUGGCAAAUCUGGGUUCUACUCCUAUGGCAUAUAUGAGCGCUUAAGAGGGUGGCCUGCCCUGGAGGUCGACCAAACAAGAAUAGUUUUCAAGCUUCAGAAAUACAAGUUUCGUUACAUGGCCAUAUCUGAUACAAGACAAAGGAUCAUGCCAUUGCUUCAAGACCGUGAAGCAGGUCAGCCCCUUGCAUAUCCAGAAGCUGUUCGCUUGACUAAUGCAUCAGAUUCAGGCCUCAAGGGAGAGGUAGAUGACAAGUACCAAUACUCAAGUGAUAAUGAAGAUAGUCGGGUCCAUGGGUGGAUAUCAUUCUAUCCUUCUGUGGGAUUCUGGAUGAUCACACCCAGCAAUGAGUUUCGUGCUGGUCCACUUAAGCAGGAGCUCACCUCUCAUGUUGGACCAUUCACACUCUCGAUGUUUGUCAGUUUACAUUAUGCGGGGAAGCCUGCAGGGUUGCAGUUCAGACAGGGAGAGCCAUGGAAAAAGGUUUUUGGGCCUGUUUUUGUGUAUCUUAACUCUGUUCCAUUUGAAAAGAAUCCCAUUUCACUAUGGCAAGAUGCCAAAGCUCAGAUGUUAAAAGAAACUGAAAACUGGCCAUACAAUUUUCCACUUUCAAAAGACUUCCCUUAUUCUGCUGAUCGGGGAAAUGUCAUCGGUCAACUACUAGUCUGCGACCGAUACAUUAAUGUAGACUGUCUGCCAGCAGCCCCUGCCCAAGUGGGGUUGGCUCUACCAGGACCGCCAGGAGCAUGGCAAACAGAGAACAAGGGCUAUCAAUUCUGGAUUGACACUGAUAAGCAGGGGCGAUUCUUUAUUAAAGGAGUACGAAGUGGGGAGUAUAGCCUGUAUGCAUGGGUCCGUGGUAUAAUUGGAGAUUACACGCACAAUGUUAAUGUCGUUGUUACGCCAGGAUCCAACAUUAACCUUGGAGUUCUCAAGUACAUGCCUCCAAGAUAUGGUCCUACCUUGUGGGAAAUAGGCUAUCCAGACCGCACCGCUGCUGAAUUCUUUGUUCCCAAUCCGGCCCCAAACUUUGUAAACCAUCUUUACAUUAAACGAGAUAGAUUCAGGCAGUAUGGAUUGUGGCAGAGAUACGCAGAUUUAUAUCCUGACCGUGAUCUGAUAUUCACUGUGGGGGUUAGCGAUUAUCGGAAAGACUGGUUCUUUGCGCACGUUAACAGGCGCGUAGGAAACAAUGAGUACAAACCGACCGUAUGGCAGAUCAUAUUUGAUCUUAAAAAUCCAUCCAGUUCUCAAACCUAUGUACUUCAAUUGGCAUUGGCGUCAGCUACUGCAUCUGAGCUACAAGUUCGGAUCAAUAAUCCUGUCUCACGAUUCCCUCUGUUUACAACGGGACUUAUCGGCAGGGACAACGCCAUUGCAAGACAUGGGAUUUAUGGGAUCUAUGCUUUGUACAGCGUCAACAUUCCGGGCUCCGAACUUGUGAAUGGGAGAAACACAAUAUUUCUGUGGCAGUCAAGGGCAACAACUCCUUUCCAAGGAAUUAUGUAUGACUACAUCCGACUAGAGGGUCCUCCUUCCAAUUAGUGUCUUAGAUGGGCAUUUUGGUAUGGAGCCCUGAGAGCUAGUUUAGGUUUGCAAUUCCUUUAAUUCCUUGUGGCAUUAUACAUAGAAAAUAUAGGAAAAGAUCAAAUAAAGGGUGGAGAGAAAUUUAGUGAAAGAAAAACUUUUAGUUCUUUUGGUCUCUUGCCAAUGUGUACAUAACUCUUUAUAUGUAUAUCAUAUGAAAUCAGUGAUAGU